AUUGUUUACGUCGUUACGCGUGUUUUUGAUUUUUUGUGGAAUUCUGGAAUUUCGGAUGCUGGCCAAGAGAUAACGACCAGAGGCAGUGGAACUCUUGGGCGGCCUUAUCACGGGGUUACGGGUCAGGGGUUAUCUUAAUCGCUUAUCAGCUGAGUUCAGUCGUUUCCAUCUCCUCGGCGGCGACGCUUGUUUUUUUCCGGCAGUUCCGAUUCGAACGCAGCCGUAUCCAUAGACAUGCAGCAGGCGCGCUCUACACUGCCACAAAAGCUUCGGUUUUGCUUUAGUCGGGACCUGAACACCCAAGUUAAGAACCCGGUUAACUUCGCCUCGAGAAAGCUGAGCGGAGCUUUAACUCGCGUCGCCGCCAGAAAUCAGACGCUAUCGCCAUCGGCAUUAUUCUCGGCGAUCAGACGAUUUUCGGACUGCAAACAGAGCGCUUUAAAGAACAUGGCCGAUCAGAAGAUGCUGCAAACCCCGCUGGAGCAGGGAGAUCCCGAGUUGGCCGAUCUGAUCAAGAAGGAGAAGGAGCGCCAGCGCGAGGGUCUCGAGAUGAUCGCCAGCGAGAACUUCACCUCGGUGGCGGUGCUCGAGAGUCUGAGCUCCUGCCUCACCAACAAGUACUCCGAGGGAUAUCCCGGCAAGAGGUACUAUGGAGGCAACGAGUUCAUCGACCGCGUGGAGCUGCUCGCCCAGAAGCGAGGUCGCGAGCUGUUCAACCUGGAGGACGACAAGUGGGGCGUCAAUGUGCAGCCCUAUUCGGGAUCUCCGGCCAAUUUGGCCGUCUACACGGGCGUCUGUCGUCCCCACGACCGAAUUAUGGGUUUGGAUCUGCCCGACGGUGGUCACUUGACGCACGGCUUCUUCACGCCCACCAAGAAAAUCUCGGCCACGUCCAUUUUCUUCGAGAGCAUGCCGUACAAGGUGAAUCCGGAGACGGGCAUCAUUGACUACGACAAGUUGGCGGAGGCGGCGAAGACGUUCCGUCCCCAGAUCAUCAUUGCCGGCAUCUCGUGUUACUCGCGCCUGCUCGACUAUGCGAGAUUCCGUCAGAUUUGCGACGAUGUGGGCGCCUAUCUGAUGGCCGACAUGGCCCAUGUGGCGGGCAUCGUGGCCGCCGGAUUGAUUCCGUCGCCCUUUGAGUACGCCGACAUUGUGACUACGACGACGCAUAAAACCUUGAGAGGUCCUCGCGCCGGCGUCAUCUUCUUCCGCAAGGGAGUGCGCAGCACGAAGGCGAACGGCGAGAAGAUCCUGUACGAUCUGGAGGAGCGCAUCAACCAGGCGGUCUUCCCCUCGCUCCAGGGUGGUCCGCACAACAAUGCGGUGGGCGGCAUUGCCACCGCCUUCAGGCAGGCAAAGACGCCCGAAUUCAAGGCCUAUCAGACGCAGGUGCUCCGGAAUGCCAAAGUCCUGUGCGAUGGGCUCAUCUCGCGGGGCUAUCAGGUGGCCACCGGCGGCACCGAUGUCCACUUGGUGCUGGUCGAUGUCCGCAAGGCCGGCUUGACGGGAGCCAAGGCGGAAUAUAUCCUGGAGGAGGUGGGCAUUGCCUGCAACAAGAACACAGUGCCGGGCGACAAAUCCGCGCUGAAUCCUUCGGGCAUUCGAUUGGGCACACCGGCUCUGACCACUCGCGGUCUCGCCGAGCAGGACAUCGAGCAGGUGGUGGCCUUCAUCGAUGCCGCCUUGAAGGUGGGCGCCCAGGCGGCCAAAGCGGCCAGCAGUCCCAAGUUGGCCGACUACCACAAGGCGCUGGACGAGAAUGCGGAGAUCAAGGCCCAGGUGGAGGAGAUCCGCAGGGGAGUGGCCCAGUUCAGCAGGAAGUUCCCGCUGCCCGGUCUGGAGAACCUCUAAUUCGUUGAUCGUCUUUUUUUUUACCCUCUUUAUUUGCACCCUCGAAAACGAAAAAGAAAUCUUAUGAAUUGCAAAUUUUCCACAAUAUUCAAGUGAAAUAGUAGUUAAGUCAUUAAACGCAUUUUAAUUUACAUAUAUCAUAA